UCUUUCCAAAUGAGGUACAACAUUGUGAGCAUUGUUACAUUGUCUGACACCGAUGCAGUCUGAGGCUAAAUCUAUAUACAUGUCAUCGCCAUAGUUAGCAGCCUGCACGCUGCUCUGCCACUGGGAGGGUCCGGCAGACCGCUGUGAAACAAUGACCAUUCUCUGAGGCUCACCUCCUCCUGACCCAGCGAAUCUAACGGAGACCAAAUACAGAGAGACACGCAAAAACACGUGGAGACGUAAAACAAAAACGCUUUUUAUUCUGUGGAACGUCUACCGAUGUGUCUUAUUCAUUUCCUCCCACCAUCACCCCGCGUGAACAGAAGCAGAAGUUACUGAAAAUACUCUGACGCGAGCCUGUAAACCUCUGCGUCUGAGCAGUCCCACCCCUCCCUUCAGUUCAGUGUGUCACCUCAGGAGUAGAAGCCUGUCAGGAGGGGACCGAGAAGCAGAGGCAGACGGACGGAGCCAGAGGAAGGACGUGUCAGGAGAUGUGACGCUACUGGCUGCUGCUUUUUGUUGUGCUUUGUUAGUUACAUUGUAACUACUUCAUUUGUCUUUUUGCCUGGAUACAAAUUGUUUUCUUCUACUUUUCCCUCAGUCAUAGAUUCAACUGGUCACACGACUGCAAAGAGUUAGGUUUUUUUUGUUCCGAGUGAUUUAACUUUCAUUCUAGUGAUCUGAACAUCAUUUAUCUCUUCACCAUGGUGGCCAGGUUCUUCUUCUUCUUACUGGCUCUGCACCUCUUUUUUAUCAUGGUGAUGACACAACCACUCACCUGCCAGCCAGGAUAUGAUGUCAAGGAAGGAAAGUGCAUUGAUCAAGAUGAAUGUGCUGCUGAUGAGGAUUAUCCUGAUCGUCACUCUCCAUGUAAAGCGAACUCACACUGUAUCAACACAGUUGGCAGCUUCUACUGCCUGUGUGCUGAUGGUUAUAGAACAUCAAAAGGAGAAACUAAUUUUACAGCUGAUACAUCUACAGAAUGUAAAGACAUUAAUGAAUGUAAAGAAGAGAACAUCUGUGGUAAAAAUGCUGCCUGCAACAACACAAUUGGUAGUUAUAAUUGUACCUGUAAAACUGGUUUUGGAUUGAAAUCUGGUAAAACUACCUUCUCUGGGAACAAGGAGCAAUGUGAAGAUAUUUCUCUCGUAGACAUAUGUUUGACCAAUAAGACCAUCUGUGGAAAUGGAACCUGUCACAGUGGUGUUGGUGGUCAUCACUGUGCGUGUCACUCAGGAUUCAGUAACUAUGGCAACAAUGCAUCUCGCUGCACCGAGUUAAGCUGUGAUGCAUUCAAAGAUAUGAGCAGUCUGAAAGAGACAUUUUAUGUUGCAACUGAUCUUGUGAUGAAGAUGAAACAAGUCUGUCUAGAGCUCACAGAGAGUGAAAGUGUGAAAAAGCUGGAUGGGGAGAACAUGGUGGAGGAACUGUUGUCUGCAAUUGAUGAGCUUUUAUCCAGUGGGGCCUUCAAUAGUAGCAAGAAAGUCUCCACCUUUCUGGGCUUGAUGGAGAUUGCUCUGAGGAUCAUAGGACCCUUUACAAAGACCCCACAAACCAAAGGAUCCUCUAAUUAUACAGAGCUGGAGCUGCUGGUACGUUCAGGGCCUGACUUACCUCGAGGACCUGUAACUUUAUCAUCUAAGCGAGUCCAGGCAGACCUCCAGCUGGAGACCGCUGCUGGAGAUCCCUCCAAUUACCCUGGCUUCACAACAGCGGCCUUGCUGAGCUACGCAAACCUGAAGGACUCUGCAGAUGGAUAUUUUGCUGGAAUGAAGCCACAGAGUAACCAAAGCUUUAAGAUCAACUCACAAGUUGUGACUGUUGUCGUCAGCAACCGAGACACAAGCGUCCUUAAAGAUCCAGUCAACCUAACCUUUUACCACCUGAACCCGACCACUGAAAGCCACCAAUGUGCAUUCUGGGAUUCUUCAGAGGAAGGUGGGACGUGGUCGGCUCGAGGCUGCAGUGUGGUGGAGUCCAACCCUGAGUACACUGUGUGUUCCUGCACCCAUCUGAGCAGCUUUGCAGUGCUGAUGGCGCUCUAUGAGAUGGAGGACAAGUUUGAGUUGCAGCUGAUAACCUGGGUGGGAAUGUCCCUCUCUCUUUUUUGCCUGUUCCUCUGCAUCCUGACAUUUUCUCUGAUUCGCUCCAUUAAAAGCCCAAGAACCACCAUCCACCUGCAUCUCAGCAUCUGCCUCUUUAUCGCCACUCUAAUCUUCCUGGCAGGAAUCUCUCACACGGAGAACCAGGUCGGCUGUGCUGUAGUAGCAGGGCUGCUGCAUUUCUUCUACCUGGCAGUAUUUUGCUGGAUGUGUCUGGAGGGCAUCCAGCUCUUCAGGAUGGUCGUCCUGGUCUUCAACACCAACUUUAAAACUCUUUACCUGAUGGCAGGUGGCUAUGGAGUCCCAGCUGUAAUUGUUACAAUCUCUGCCUUAGCGAAUGCCAAAGGAUACGGCACUAAGAGACACUGUUGGUUAAAACUCGAUUUCAUCUGGAGUUUCUUUGCCCCUGCCUGCAUCAUCAUAGUUGUCAACAUUUUCUUCUUUCUCAUCACUGUGUGGAAGUUGGCACAGAAGUUUUCAAGUUUAAACCCUGAUUUGACCAAUCUGCGCAAAAUAAAGGCAUUCACCAUUACUGCAGUGGCUCAGCUAUGCGUGUUGGGCACAAUGUGGAUCUUUGGAUGUUUUCAGUUUGAGGAGGGAACCAUCGCCAUGUCUUACCUGUUCACCAUCUUUGGCAGCCUUCAGGGGGUCCUGCUCUUUGUCAUGCACUGUCUGUUUUCGAAGCAGGUGAGGGAAGAGUAUGGAAACAUUGUAAGAAGGUUCUCUGCACCUCAGAAGAAAAGAUACUCUGAGUUCAGCACUUCACAUUCCAGCAAAACUCAUGGAUCGAAGACCAUGCAGGACACGGGAGAGACUCGCAUCUGAGAAGCUACACAGUCACAAGCAGAACAUUUACUUUUCUGAAAGAAAAAAGUUCUGCAAAUACUUAUUCUUCCUGACCAUCAGACGGUAGAUGAUGAUAGUACUUAGAAUCUAUUUAAUACAGCGAAAGGAUUUCUUUAAAGUUUAAGUAAAUGCUUAAGCAGAGCCAACAAUGAGCUUUACGUUUAGAAACAAAUUUUAUUUUUUUGCACAUUUCUCAAAAAUUUAAAAAAUUCAUUUUAUUUUACACAAAUUUACACUUGUCUUUUAGACUUUCAAAAUGAACAUUUUAUAAAGAGAAGCCUUGUGUCAUGCAGGUACUUUAGCAAAUGUGUAAAAGCACUUUCCACAUUACACAGAUUAUAUUAUCAAAAACACAUUUGUGUAUACUGUAUAUAUUGUUUCGCAAUUCAGGUUCAAGUAUUAUUUGACUGGUGACUGUUUCAUGCUCUAUUCAGCGUGUUUCAAUAUCUUCAAUGUACAUAUUGUAUUUUUAUACUCAAAGUUGAUUUAAUAGAUGACAAUUUUUAUUGUAACAAUGUUUAAGUACUGGCUUAGCUUCUAUGUUUCACAGUGCUAUUAUUUCUUGUUAUUUGAUUUUUAUAUGUUUUAUAUAAAAUAUUUUCUUAGUUUCCGUUCCUCUAAGCUACAAAAGUAAAUCAUUUAUUCAAUGUACAAUGGCUCCAUUAUGAAUCUGUACUGUUAGUAAAUUUAUCAGAAUAAAAAUGUAGCACUAAUGGAGACAAGUAUAUUAGAGAAGCAGUCAGAAAGUAACUGUAUAACAAUUUUUUCUUUGAAGUUGAAGCCUGUUUUAGAAUUUUUAUUUUAAUUCUGAUAUACAUGAUAGAAGAUAAAACAACAACUUCCUUCCUGUUUAAAUAGACAUGCUGGUCACAAAACCUAUAAUCUGUCAUCAAGGUUUUAAACGUUACUUUUUUUAUUUAUGUUUUUUUUUGUACUGUUCAAAUGGAAAACCUACAGCAGUAUUUUAUUUUCUAAACAGAAUAGCAAGAAACCCUGGAGACACCUUAUCACAGCACUUUGUCUCAGUUGUUUAUGUAACUGAUGGUGGGUGAUAAUCGUCAUGGUUUCCAUUUAGAAUGUCUUUUCGAGAAAUGUUUAUUGGUUAGUUAUACUUGCCGGAAGGAAGCUAGAAAAUGCAGAUGCCACAUGUGGAGAUAAAAGGGACAGCAGGCUAGACAGGGAGAAACGUCAGACGAUAAAGAGGCAGAGGGCACAUAACGUCAGCGAAUGAGAGCAAAUUAUAGUAGACAACGGGGACAAAUGGAUGUGGCACAUCAGGCAUCCCUGAAGAAACACAUUAGUUCUCUCAUGUUAGUACAGAGCGGACAAAAACAAUUGACAAGAAGGUACGUUUCCAUUAUUAUUCAUUUUAACUUAGUCAUUUUGUUUAUAACCUAGUUGGGAUGUGUUAUUCCUCCUUUUUAGCCAAAUAGACUAAGUGAAACUGAAAGGUCUACAGAAAAGAUGUUUAUUGGGUGGAAAAGGCUUUCAGGCUAAAUAUCUGCCACAAGCAUGUAGACACAUAACUACUGUAACAUAUUCAAUAUAUAUAUUAACAUAUGAAAACAAAAUAAAAAUGUGCUAGAAGAUG